AGGCCUGACUCAGGAGCGAUCCCGUCACCUGUAGCAUCAAGAUCAGGAUCAGGUAACCAUGGCGGAACCGGAGGGAAAGGGGUUGUUUCUCCGCUUUGGAUGGCCCUUCCCGGACAUGAAGGACCCACCCCUUUCCUUCAGGCUCAGGAGCACCUUUAUUAUUCCCAUGGUGGGCACCUUCAGCAAGAUCCUGCUAAGUUUGUGCAACAGCGUCAAUGGCCAUAAUGUGGAGCGCUUGCAAGAGAUGGUGGAGAAGAGGCCAAAGGGUACGCCGCUGAUCACUGUCUCCAACCAUUACUCCUGCAUUGAUGACCCUGCACUCUGGGGUGUGCUGAAGUGGCGGCACCUGUGGAGUGCCACCACCAUGCGCUGGUCUCCUGCUGCCCAUGACAUUGCCUUUACACGUCGCAUCUACAGCUGGUUUUUCAGCAGUGGGAAAUGUGUACCCAUCAUCCGGGGACUUGGGGUGUACCAGCAAGCAAUGGAUUUUCUGCUGGAGCGUUUAGGGGAAGGUCACUGGGUGCACAUAUUUCCUGAGGGCAAAGUGAAUAUGACACUUGAGAAAAUGCGACUGAAGUGGGGAGUUGGGCGCCUGGUGUAUGACUCAUCAGUGUGCCCCAUUGUGCUGCCCUUCUACCAUGUUGGGAUGGACCGUGUCUUGCCAAACCACCCUCCCUACAUCCCCCGAAUUGGCAGAUGGGUAACAGUGGUGGUGGGUGAACCGCUGGACUUCAGGGCAGAGGUGGAAGAGAUGCGGAGAAGGAAUGAAGAUCCAGCCAAUGCUCGUCGCCACAUCACUGACCGCAUUCAGGAGGAAUUGAGCCACCUGAGGGAGCGUGCUGAGGAGCUCCAUGCAAAGUUGAUGGCUGAGAAGGGAGAAAUGUGGAGGCCAGCAGUGCAUGGCAGGAAGGAAGGUUGUGUAUGAGGUUUUGUAUUAAUCUAUAUUAGGAAGGGAAGGGAAAAUGAUACAAACAACAGCUUUAUCUUUGUAUUUGUUAUUUCUUGCAAGGAGACGUGUUGAAUAUGUUAUUUUAUUUAUUUAAUAACCUAAGUGAAAACUUAGGGUUGGCAGAUCCAUACAAGUAUUACUUUGCUGCUGUGCUCCCUCCAGAAUCCAAACAUUUCCCCCUUAUUUGCUGAAAUUCUUCUCUACUUCUUGCACCUCUUUCAUACAUAUACUCCUUCAAAUGGCCAUCCUUUCCUACUAGGAUCAUUGAUAUAUAGCUGGGAAGAGGUUGCGUGAUAUGCUAUUUGUGGGUAUCAGUAGGGUUAUGUAUGUAUGAAGCAUUGAUUCCCACCACAUUAUGUAAGAAUGUAGAAUAUUUUUUACUUUCAUACAUUCUAGUUAUUCUUGUAUGAUAUGUACCUAGGAAACAACACUUUGAUACGGUUAACUAAAGAUAAUUCAUAGGUCUCGAAUAUAUACAAAUGCUCUUUGCCAUCCAUUUUUCAUCUGCACUCAUUUAUCAUCCAUUCGUUUAUCAUCCUUGUAAAUAUGUUUAUAUACACUAUACAGUUGUAAUUAAUGUGGCUUUAGAAAUAAUACAUAUGAAAUAUUCAUGUAUGUAUAUCAUCUAAAGAGGAGUUAACAUCACAAACAUUCCUCUGUUGUAAGGAUGCACAUAUUUACUAUACUCACUAUUUAUUUACAGUAAAAAAAAACAUGCUGUGUAUUACUGAUGUAUUUAUAUCUUUUUACCAAAGAAAUGAAUUAAUAAGGUGCCAUAGUAAAUACACAUUAUUUUUGUGCCAUGGUGAACAAAAAAAAUGUGUAAUUUUUUCUUGCAACAGUUAAUUCAGAAGCAUAAUACUGUUAACAUUCAUUUUGCAUUAAGAAAAGGAAGGAGUCAGGGAGAACACAUGAGAGAGAAUAAUACAGUUGUAGAGAAAUGAAAUGCAGAGAGAGAAAGAGAGAGAGAGAGAGAGAGAGAGAGAGAGAGAGAGAGAGAGAGAGAGAGAGAGAGAGAGAGAGAGAAUCUUGUGAAUUGCUUAUAUACCAGAGGAAAAAUUAGUCAAAAUAAAAAAAAUAGUGACCCACAUUGUUUACCAGACCACUGUUUACAAGGGUAUGUAGGAGGUAGUGUUAAUGUGCCUGGCUUUAUCUAAAUUCAACAAUAAACAAAUAUUAUACUGUUUUUCCACCAAGGGUCUGCUAAGGUACAUAAUUAUGAGUAGUAUAUUUAUUCCAAAAUGUAUUAUUAAAAAAUUAAUAAUAAUUAACAUUUUCAUAACUAGCUAUCAAUGAAUUUGUUUGUAAUGGCAUUAGAUGUGAUGCAUUUGUAAUGGCAUAAGAUAUGAUGCAUAACAUAAAUAAUUAUUGACAACUAGCAACAUGUCUAUAGGAAUAUGCACAAAAUAUUCUUGAAAUAUUCAUUGCAUUCACAGGUGAUUUUUUUUUUUUUUUUUUUUUUUUUUUUUUUUUUUUUAGUUGAGUUGCAGAAGCUAAAGUUUGAUUAUUCUAUAGCAGGAAGAAUUCACUGAAUCAAUAAUUUUAUCUGCUGAAUUUGUAUGUAUUAUUACAUUAGUGUGAAAACCAGAGGUGACUAAGGUGCUGUUAUCAGUGUUUGCAAGUAUGUCAAUAAGCUGUUGGCCUGCUGAUACAUUGGGACCUGUUCUGUUUAUUGUACAAAUAAGAUUAGAAAAUAUAUUUUUAUUAAACUAUACUUGACUA